AUGCCAGCUGGAUACAAGCAUGGAGACACGCCGAAGAAGGCCAUGGUCCGAGGCACUAUCUCGUAUCUUGAGUCGCAAGGCCUCCCCGUCAACAAAUCGGCCAUUUUUCGACAUUUCGACUUGUCUCGCUCCCAAGGCUACGCUGCGCUGAGUGUUCCCGCAUCUAAGCGCAAUGAUCCCGAAUGGGAGGAAACACGCGGAAGGCCGCUCAAGAUUUCAGAGGAGGAUCAGAAUAAGAUGGAGAAGAUCCUUUGGGACGAACGCUAUGUUAACGUGAACUUGAACUGGCACGGGUUGGCCAAGGAAGCUGGCGUCGAGGUCGAUGUGAACCCCAGGACCCUGCACAGAACCAUGGGUACUUUGGGAUACCGAAAGUGCCUGUUAUGUCCACGCACUUGCGUGCACAAGAAAGCUCGUGAGAAGCGAGUUGAGUACGCCAGACGCAUGCUGGAUGCAUACCCCCAUGCCGAAGAUUGGAAAGCUGUCCGGUUCAGCAUUGAGCUGCACUUUGGAUUCGGCCUAGAUGGAAAGAUGCGCCUCAUCCCCCGACCUGGAGAGCGAGUUUGCGAAGCAUGCAGCACCAAACCCGAGGCUGAUUGGCCACGCGACUUGAGAAAGGCUCACGCCUGGGUUGCCGUCGGCUAUGGUUUCAAGAGCGAAGCUGUAUUCUAUGAAGACUCGACAAGCCCCAACUGCACGGGUGUCAUGACCAUGCAGGAAUACAAGGACCACAUCCUGGAAAAGACAGUCAAGCCUUGGCUCACCAGUACCGGCCCGCAGAGCUUCAUCCUCGAGGAAGACUGCGAAGCCUUCGCCCACGGCGCUGCAAGCAAGAUCAACCUGGUUCAACAAUGGAAGGACGAACAUGGCCUCCGAUAUUACUACAACUGUGGUGAUAGCCCCGACCUCAACCCUCUCGACUGCCUCUGGCCCGAGAACAAGCAAUGGGCAAUGGAGGCACCAAAGGAUUGGGAAGACGAAACCCUCCAGAAGAUGGUCCGCGACGCUUGGACUACAUUUGAUAUGGAAAGGUUCAACGUAUGGGUCAACUUCAUGCCGGAGCGAUUGAAGGCGGUGAUCGAUACCGACGGAGCCCUGGUGGCUUGGUAA